CAGUACUAAUGAUUUACAAUUUGACACAACAUCAUAAGCUUAGAGGAUAGGUCCAGCUACAGACACAAGUUGAAGGUGUUCAGUUGCCAAUGAGAAGAUACUGGCAAGCUGCCUCCUUGAACCACUGCUGUAAAUUGCGUGUAGCUAUACCCAUACUGUGAAGAAGGGAGCUCCACGUUUUUGACCCAGCAACAGUGAAAGACGGUUAUCGAAUGAAGACCAAUGUUGGUUAGACCAAAGUUAUGAAUAUUCGUGUGGAUGUCGGCAAAAGAGUGAGCAUCUUAACAGAUAAGGAAUAACCGACUAGUUUUGACAUUCGCCGCAGCAGUUCCAGUUUCCGGAGAGCUCAUGGGAGCACACCCGACUGUGAAAAAUUCAACAUUUCCAGUUUCCAUGGAGGCAAACUCAACUGUGAAUAAUUCAACGACUAACACUUCAGUGUGUAAUCUGUACAGCCACCACCACACAGCCCGUAUCGUUUUGCCAAUAAUCUACAGUGUUAUAUCUAUUGUUGGCGUCUUUGGCAAUGGCCUUGCCAUAGUCGCCAUCAGAAAAAAGCAGAAAAAAAUCAAUUCGACUACACUUUACUCCAUGAAUCUGGUAAUCUCAGACAUUUUCUUUGCUGCUGUUCUACCUGCCCGAAUAAUAUACUAUGCACGAGGAUUUAACUGGCCAUUUGGUGAAAUAAUGUGCAGAAUUACUGCAGUUAUUUGUUAUAGCAACAUAUAUGCCAGUGUAAGCUUCAUGACCUGCUUAAGUUUGGAUCGGUUGCUCGCAGUAAUAUAUCCAUUCCGACAUUCGAAGUUCCGCAACGUCCGAAACGUCAAAAAAAUCUGCACUGUUGUGUGGAUAAUUAUUCUUUGCCAGACGGUACCACUGUUGCUUAUCAAAAUGUCCAAAAUGGCUGAAGGCAACUUCUUAACAUGUAUGGAAUACCCAAAUUUUGAGUCUAUUCCAAAUCUUCCAGAAAUGCUGCUUGGUGCUUGUAUAAUCGGUUACUUGCUCCCCGUGGUUAUCAUGCUAUUUUGUUACUCAAAGGUCAGCUCUAAACUCUUCAAAUCAGCAAAGGAGAACCCCUUAACUGAAAAAUCAGGAAGAAACAAAAAAGCUAACAACGUAAUCCUGCUUGUACUCUUUGUGUUCUUUAUAUGUUUCACUCCCUACCACGUGGCCAUUGUGCAACACAUGAUCAAAAAGUUGCAGUACAAAAUAUCCUGCCAGGAGCAACAGAACUUUCAAGUAGCUCUACACGCGACUGUUUCUGUGAUGAACUUGAACUGCUGCCUGGACCCUUUCAUCUAUUUCUUUGCUUGUAAAGGUUACAGGAGCAUUGUCCUCAAGAUGUUCAGACAACCCGUUAGCGUGUCUAUUUCAAGUGGCGUUAAGACCACCCCAGACAACUACUCACCUGGGGUUGGGAAUAACAAGCCUGCAAUAGGGACAACGUCUGACACCAACUUGUAGAGACAAUUUCCUCAAGGAUAACAGGAAAAGACAAAAGCCAGGCAACCAGCCUAAAAACCUCAAUGUGUAUGUUAACCAUGUUACCUGCACAAAUUGUACAGAAGUAAACUGUUUUUUGGUAACCUUCUUAAGUUAUAAGUAGUUUUUCACUUUCCUGGAAUAGUCAUAGAAUCAUACAGCAUGGAAACAGGUCCAAUUUGUCCAUGCCGACCAGAUAUCCGAAACUGAUUGA